UGGUAGGAAUACACGUCAACUCGGCACUUCUGCUAGAUCAAUGAGCGAACCGCUGUCUGCCUAUCAGUUUGUGUGUUUUCCAGGAAGGCACUGCAAGCAACAAAGCGAUAGAUCGCAAAAUGUAACACAUUUAGAAAAGGAAACAGCGUACUCAGGACGCUGCUACACAUUAAAAAGAAGCAAACGAUCAAAACUUAGUCGCACACCCGUGUUUAUAUGUGAGCGCCCAUUCUGCAAGCAGGACUGCCACGACAGACGGAUGUAAAGGAUUUUCUGGUACAUUUCAAGAGGGGGAAAAAAGGGAAAGGAAGAAGAAAGUAGGAGAAAAAAAAAAAAAAGGAGAACUUCCUGAAACUGCGUGACGAGACAUGUCUAAAGAUCCUCUCCAACUUACAAUAAAGCAGGAAAGAAACUCGUACACACCUCCGAGCAGCCCUCUGCCAAGCUCCACUUCCUCUCCUGUACAUGUUCCAACACCGCGGGCCAGCAGGAUGGAGGAAGAGCCUGUUAGACUGCCUGAUCACCUGCGCUUGCUGCCGCUGUACUGGAGUCGGGAGGAUGUAGUGCAGUGGCUGCAGUGGGCUGAGAAGGAAUUCUCCCUGCACCCCAUCGACAGCAACACCUUCGAAAUGAACGGGAAGGCUCUCCUGCUCCUCACCAAGGAAGACUUCCGCUACCGGUGCCCUCAUUCUGGGGAUGUCCUCUACGAGCUUCUCCAGCACAUCCUGAAGCAGAGGAACACAAACACCCUGCUCCCGUCCUACUGCUUCCCAGGAAACUCCCUGCAGCCCCAACAAGAGGUAACUCAGCAGCACCACAAGCUGGAAGAAACGGUCCGAAGAACCGCCAGAUCAGCUGAGAACCAGAUCCAUCACAACCCCCCCACCAUCGAGCUUCGGCAUCGCCCCCGCUCCCCCCGACUGAACAAUCAGGACCCCUCUCCGGACCCUGAACUGCACAGGCAGCACCCCUCCCUUAACGGUGCCCCCCGCCGGCUUUCUCCGGAGGAGAGACUGCACCCCCGCGGCCACGUCCACCCCCCCCCCCCAGUAUCAGAGGAGACCUACCACCUGUCGGUCUCCCCGCCAAUCGAGAACAAUAACCACCGCUGCCCCACGCCCUCCGAGGGCAGCCCCCGUGUCAUCCAGCUCCUGCACCCGCUCCUCGUCAACGCCCCCCCACGGGAGGGCCGGCCCAGGAGCCUGUCCCAGCGAGAGGAGCUGCUGUACAGGAACCACGGCAUCCUGCCCGUCUCCCCUCCGGAGGAGCAGGGGAUGCCCAUCGGCAGGAUAGCAGACUGUCGGUUACUGUGGGAUUACGUGUAUCAGCUCCUCUCUGACAGCCGGUACGACAACUACAUCCGCUGGGAGGACAUGGAGACCAAGGUGUUCCGGAUAGUGGACCCCAACGGGCUGGCCCGCCUCUGGGGAAACCACAAGAACAGAACGAACAUGACCUAUGAGAAGAUGUCCCGAGCACUGCGGCACUACUACAAGCUGAAUAUCAUCAGGAAGGAGCCAGGACAGAGACUGCUGUUCAGGUUUAUGAAGACCCCUGAUGAGAUCAUGAGCGGACGGACUGACCGGCUGGAGCACCUGGAGUCUGAACUGGAUGACCCGCUGUACAUAGAGGAGGACUGCUGAGGAGCAGGAGACAGGCAAGAAUCUACAGAAAGCACAAAAAGGGGCGGCAAUCAUCCUCAAGCCAUGCAGAACCUAAACAAGCAUGGAAGAGGCUGAGGAUCUACUGACUGCCUUGGGGAAUGUCCGGGUUUUAUACACGACAAUGAAAGUCAACUUUCAAUUUCCGGAUACAAUCCGUCCAAACUUUUGGGAUCCUCUUUUUUUUUUUAUCUUUCUUUUUAGGAGUGUCAUUUUAGGAAAAAUGUCAUGAUUCUGUUUUUGUAUUUUUAAAAUUCCAGGAAUUGUGAUUGUUUUGGGGAGUCAUAUUCAGUGUAAAAAUAAAAAAGGAAAGAAGAAAAAACACUUGCUUUUUAGGAACUGGGAAUUCUUGAAGAUCCCCACAUAUUUCCGCUGGGAUUUGGGGGUGCUUACUGGUACACGUCUGCUGCAGUCUCGACUACUGUUUCUCUGUCUGAGUAACUUUGCUCUCCUUGUGCCUUGGUCCAGCCUCAUCUGCUCAGCAGGGCAUUGGGUCUAUACCCACUUCAAAUGAGAAUCUUUAUUAAAUCCAGUUUUUUGUUUUGUUUUUGUUUUUUUAAAUAGAAGAUCAGAACAGGACAGCUAGCAAUUACAGUGCAACUACAAGGGAAUGUUUAAAAAAUGUAGUAAAAGUAAAUUGUAUCACUUCAAAAACUGCACUUCUAAAGCCUAAGGUCAUUUCUCAAGAACUGUGGAGCGCUCAUUGAGGUACUAUUGCUGUGAGACUGCCUGGAACAAAUGUCACGGGACUGCGUUCAAUAUGACACUGAAGAACAUCGCUGUGGUACAAUGUUUGUAUACCUAAGACUUUCUUUUAGUAAUACAGUAGCAGGGUGGGAAAUACCACAUCCAUUGCAUGACAGUUUGUCCCAUUCCAGGUUUGAAUGCAGUGUUAGAUGAAUUGAAAACACUUUUGCACAGGACCACCACAGUUUAUCAGCUGGUGACUUCUUCCUAUAAAAAAAGACCUGCUACAAGAAAAACAAACUACCUGCAGUUGGGCAAUAGCCCCUCCUUUCUGACUUGUAUCGAUCAUUGAUUCGUUCUGAAUACUUUAAACCCAACCCAGAGUGGCAGCAAAUGCCUACAUUUCUAUUGGAGACUCUGCUUGCGAAAUUUCAAACUAAAUUACAAUUAGGCUUGUUUGAUGGAUUUAAAGCUAUAUUACAGUUAUAGGGAGAAUUUAAAACAGAAUUGUAAAUUUUGGUGAAAUGGGGAAAAUAAAA